UUCCUGCGCAUCCCCCUGACUCUAGCUUCAAGAAAGUCAUCAUGUCUCAUGGUCAGAAGAGGCAGUAUUGCAACUUUCAGGGAGAAUCUCAGGCCCAAAGAAAAGAACAGGGCCAGAUGCAUUCUGAUCUGUCUGUGGCUGAGGGAGAGGAGUCCAAUAAUAACAACUCCUCUUCUUCCACUAGCCCAAUUCUCCCCAGGAAGAUACCUGCUGGUGGGAUACCAAAUUUUCACCAUAGUCCUCAGCGUGCCGUAUCUCCUCCCACUGUUAUGGCCUCCAUUCCAAUAUCCCCAUCUGAUGAGGCCUCUGGCAACCAAAUAAGGGAGGGGGAAGGCCCCAUGGUAUUGCGCCAUGAAUUAAGUGAAAAGGUGACUUAUUUGAUACAGUUCCUGCUCCUCAAGUAUAGAUUGAAGGAGCUAACCAGCAAGGCAGAAAUUAUAGCAGAGAUUAUAGAAGAUGAUGAGCAGCACUACAAUAUGAUCUUUAAUGAGGCCUCUGAUGGUUUGAAGCUGGUCUUUGGCAUUGAUGUAAUAGAAGUGGAUGCUGUUGUCCACACCUAUGCCCUUGUCAUUGCCCUGGGGAUCACUUAUGAUGGGAUGCUUACUAAUGUCCAAGGCAUGCCCAAAACUGGCCUCCUAAUAAUUGCCCUAGGUGUCAUUUGCAUGAGUGGCAACCGUAUCAGUGAGAAUAUGAUGUGGCGAGCACUAACUAUGAUGGGAAUAAGCCCUAUAGAAAAUCACUAUAUAGCUGGGAAUGCCAAGAAGCUGUUAUUGAAAAUUUUGUACAGGAAGGGUAUCUGGAAUACAACCCAGUGCCUGACAGUGAUCCCCCUCACUAUGAGUUCCUAUGGGGCCCUAGGGCCCAUGCUGAAACAAGAAGUGAGGAUGUCAUAGAGUUUUUAGCUGAGAUCAGCAGGAUGAACUAAGUGUUCCAGAUCCUUCCAAUCCCUGUAUUUUGAGAGAACAUCGAAUUUUGUUGGGGAUUGUCACCAUAAAUGGCAUACUGUUUGGCCAAUACAAGUUCUAAUGCCACAUUCAGAAGCUUUCUGAAUGAAGUCUCAGAUGUGUCUUCACUCUCUGAAGGUGGCAGUCAGUUUUAAGCAGUAAAGAGAGCUAGUGAAAGUAAGUAUAUAAUUUUUUCCUGUUUUGUAAGGAUAACUUGGAACAUUCUUUAGUAAUUUUAAAUUUUUGUUUUUCUUAAUUGAAGGAUUUCAUGGGCUUCAGAAUCUAAGUCUAUAAAUGGCAUUAAUAACACAUUUAUUGCUUCCUUCAGUAGGGCCAUGCUAUGCAGCCCUAACUGUCCUGGAAUUCUCUAUAUAGAUCAAGUUGGCCUUGAAUUCAUAGAUAUCCACCUGCCUCUUCCUGCUAAGUGCCAGUAUUACAGAUCCGUGCCACCACACGUAGACAUCUUUUGCUAUUUUAUAUCUUAUUUUAGGGUCUGUAAUAACAUUGAAAUAGGAAUUUAAUUUGAAAUGUGAAAGAAUUUAGUAAUAUAUCCAAUGCCAUUAAAUGGAGAAAAAUCAAAGAAAUUGUUUAUUUUCCCCUUCAACAAAAUCUGUACCUCUGUUAAAUUAGGUUGCAUGAGUAGAUCUAAAUGUACACGUUUUUUUGAAAUUGUAUGAGAAAUUACAUCCUAACAAAUUACCCAAUGUAAAGCUCCACAGCUUCAGAAUUGUAAAGAAGCUCAUUGAGAUUUAUAGACUUUGGAUCUGGUUAAUUUUGGUGAUGUUUUUGAUUUCCAAGUUCGUUUUAAUAAAAUUACAAUACAAAUAAA